UAGCCGGUGGUAGUUGUGAGUUGCUAUUACCUUUCUGAGCCAUCUCCUAAUGGCGAAAACACAGAGACCAGGAGUGUGUUACCCUACACCUAAGGAUCUGGAAUACGUAAAUUCUGAAUAUGGAAAGAAUGCGGUGAGGCUCCUGUACAUUCGACGAGAGGGCAAGAUACACUGCAUCAAAGAACUGGAAAUCUCUUUACAUAUAAGACUGAAUAGUGUCAAUGAAUAUGUGAAUAGUGACAAUUCAUGUGUCAUCCCCACAGACACCAUCAAAAAUACAAUCCAGGCUUUGGCAAAAUGUCGAGGGAUCAGAACAAUAGAAGAAUUUGGCCUCGAGCUGUGUGAGCACUUUCUCACACAAUAUUGCCACGUGAUAUAUUGCAACGUCUUUAUCCAAGAGGUACCAUGGCAACGCCUGGAAAAGGAUGGCGUCCCGCAUGCCCAUGCUUUUCUCUAUAGUUCAGAAGGAGUUCGCUUUUGUGAAGUGGAACGGAAUUUGAACUGUCCCCCAAAUGUUUUCUCUGGCAUCAAGGAUCUGAAAAUUAUGAAGACAACCCAAUCUGGCUUUUCAGACUUCUUCAAGGAUAAAUACACCACGCUCCCAGACAGAAGAGACCGAGUGUUGUCAGUAGAAUCGUUGAUCAAGUGGUGCUAUGGUGACUGCACAGGAGGCUUUGACUAUGACUGCAUAUGGAGAACUGCCCAUGAAGCUGCCCUAGAUGCCUUUGCUGGACCACCUGAAUCAGGCCAUUACUCGCCUUCUUACCAGAGGACUGUCAACCGUAUUCAGACGUACAUCCUGGAUAGGAUUCCACAGGUUGAUGAGGUGGAAGUGAUCAUGUCCAACAUCCACUAUUGUGUUGCAGAUCUAGACAAACUGGGAUUGACCAAUGACAAGGAGAUCUUGACUCCUCAAGAUACACCAUUUGGCGCUUGUGCAACUACAUUGCGUAGGAAGAAGUGCUCAGAGGGAGAGUGCCCACAACCGAUGGAAUGCAAGCCCCGUCACAGUGUCUCAUGGAAGUCUGACCAUAUGAUGAAGUGAGCAGCCUGCUCCCUCCUUAUCAGAACAUCACAUUUAGCAAAACUGAUCUUUUAUUGCCAUGUGUUUUGCUCCGUACUUUUCUCCAUAGUACUAUAGCUCCAUAUGUAAAUGCAACUGAACUUUUUAGGGAUUGCAUAAAGGAAAUCAUAUGCUGACAUCACGAUGAAUUUCCUUUUGCUUCAUUUGAAAAAAAAAAUUGAACAUUCAAAGAAGCUCAUCUAGAACAGAAUGAUUUUUGCAAGCUUCUUUUACAAAUUAACGUAUUAGGGAAGGUUUGUAUAGGUUUUUUGCAUACAUGAAGCUGCUCAGUGAGUUCUUUAAAACAAUUAGCAAUUCUUUUGAUUAACAUUGAGAAGAUUAUAUAUGAU